AUGGCGGUGGCCGACUUGGGAUGUGCUCCACCUUGUGCACGACUGAUCCUCGGGCUGCUCAAGGUCGUCCUGGGGAGGAAUUAUUUCCUGUUUGGGGACGACCUCUAUUGGCAGAGGAGGGGCACGGCGAUGGGAUCGAAUGUGGCCCUGACUUAUGCCAAUAUCUUUAUGGGGCGGUUCGAGGAUCGGUACGGGUCCAGUUUUGAAUGUGGAAAAUGUUUUAUAUAUAAAUCGGUACUUGCCACACAUCAGAAAACUCACACAGGGGAGAAGCCAUUUUCAUGUUCAGAAUGUAGAAAAUGUUUUAGAUAUAAUGCAGAACUUGUCACACAUCAGAGAAUUCACACAGGGGAAAAGCCAUUUUCAUGUUCAGAAUGUGGAAAAUGUUUUUACAGUAAAUCCCCUUUUGUUCUACAUCAGAGAAGUCACACAAGGGAAAAGCUAUUUUCAUGUUCAGAAUGUGAAAAAUGUUUUAAUCAGAAAUCAGAUCUUGUUACACAUCAGAGAAGUCACACUGGAGAGAAGCCAUUUUCAUGUUCAGAAUGUGAAAAAUGUUUUACAGAUAAAUCAUCUCUAUUUAAACAUCAGAGAAUGCACACAGGGGAGAAGCCAUUUUCAUGUUCAGAAUGUGGGAAAUGUUUUCCCCGCAAAUCAGCUCUUGAUAGACAUCAGAGAAUACACACAGAGGAAAAUACAUUUUUAUGUUCAGAAUGUGGGAAACGUUUUCCCAACAAAUCAGCUCUUGAUACGCAUCAGAGAAUUCACACAGGGGAGAAGCCAUUUUCAUGUUCAGAAUGUGCGAAAUGUUUUCAACGUAAAUCACAUCUUGUUAGUCAUCAGAGAAUUCACACAGGAGAGAAGCCAUUUUCAUGUUCAGAAUGUGCGAAAUGUUUUCAACGUAAAUCACAUCUUGUUAGUCAUCAGAAAAUUCACACAGGGGAGAAACCAUUUUCAUGUUCAGAAUGUGGUACAUGUUUUCACCAUAAAUCAUCUAUUGUUAUACAUCAGAGAAUUCACACAGGAGAAAGGCUAUUUUCAUGUUCAGAAUGUGGGAAACGUUUUCUCUAUAAAUCACAUCUUGUUGUACAUCAGAGAAUUCACACAGGAGAGAAGCCAUUUUCAUGUUCAGAAUGUGGGAAAUUUUUUCAACGUAAAUCACAUCUUGUUAGUCAUCAGAGAAUUCACACAGAGGAGAAGUCAUUUUCAUGUUCAGAAUGUGGGAAAUGUUUUCACCAUAAAUCAACUCUUGUUAUACAUCAGAGAAUUCACACAGGAGAGAAGCCAUUUUCAUGUUCAGAAUGUGGGAAAUGUUAUCACUGUAAAUCAACUCUUGUUAGACAUCAAAGAAUUCACACAGGGAGAAGCCAUCUUCUUGAUUAGCCCGUUAGUGACUGCCCCUACUUGUUUGAUGGGGGUCACUAAUUGGCUUUAAUUCAUCAGAUAUGUUUUUUUUUAGGGCUCAUACACAUGGUAGUAUAGCCGAGGUGCCCGUACUGCGGACCAGAAACAAAAGGUCUUCAAUAUACAGGCACCAACCAUGUGCACUCCAUAUCACAGAUGGAUGCAGACCCAUUGACUUGAAUGUGUCUGAAUUCCGCAAGAUACAGCAAGGUUUGGAGCAGAGGCACAGAUCAAAGCUCUUCCGUGGGAUUUCAGUCCGUGCAUCCGCAUCACAAAAAAAAAGAACAUGUUCUAUUUUUUUGCGAGGCUUAAUGUAUCUUGCGGAUCGUGGACCCAUUGAAGUGAAUGGGUCUGCUUUCGCAAGUGGCGUGCACUUUUCCGGUGCCCGUGCAUUGCGGACUGUUCGUGUGCAAGAGCCCUUUUAAAGAGCUAAAACAUCACCUUGCUUUCAGCUACCAGAGGUAGUUUAGGGCUUGGAGGGGUGAGAGCUGCCCAAACACUGUGAGAGCUCCCCAAAUAUUCAUGGUCUCCUGUAUUGAAUGAAUACUGGUGAUCAAAGGACAGAUCCAAUUUUAUAUAUCUCCUG